UCUGCCGUUGAGAGUUUGUGUAAAUCUUGUUUGUUGACAUUCAAGCGCGAAUCUGUCAGUAAGAAAACAGCGCGGCACUAAACAAGAUUGAAAACGCGCUUAAAAAAUUUCAAGAAAUCGUCAAACAAAGCUAAAUGAAAUAAUUAAAAAUAAAUAAAAUACAAAAUAAACUGAAUUUAUUUCAUUCAAAAAGCCAAUGAAAUAAAUAUUAUUGCAAAACUAAGUGCGAUUUUAUAGUCUAAUUGUCGGGCCGAAUGUAAAGGUCGUUCGAUUGUGAUAACACAUGCUCUACAGAUACAUUUGUGUAUAGUGAAUCAAACGCUCGUAAUUGGGUUUAUUUUAAAUUACUUUUCUAUGCAUCUCAAGUGCGUGUUCGAAUAUUUGAUUAAUAAAAAUAUAUAAUUUAUUGUCAUACGAAAUACCGAGCCCGUUUGCUUAAUUAUAGCCUGAGAAAAACCCAGAAUGUUGCUAGUCAGAAAUAUUUUUGUAUUAAUCUUUGUUUGCUUAAUGCAGCAGAUCUCAGCACAGUAUCGUUGCAGCAGUCCGAAUCGCGUUGCUGGCUAUUGUGUUUCCGUUUAUGAGUGCCCCAGUUUAUUGGAAGUACUGAAACGCAAUCAGCUCACACCAUCACAACUUCAAUUUUUGCAAGAAUCACAAUGUCAAAACGGUUAUGGUCGUCCACCGUUCGUAUGCUGUACACCCGAUAUCGACUUUAAUCGUCCUGUCACGACAACAACAACAACACCAAUUUCAGUCACUACCACAACGCAGCGCACUGUUAUAACACGUGGUAAUGGCAGAGGCAACAUACUGCCAGUACCGAAUGAAUGUGGUCCAAACACGUUAGCAAAAAAAAUUUAUAAUGGCAUCGAAACCGCUUUGGAUGAAUAUCCCUGGAUGGUUUUAUUGGAGUAUAGAGAGAAAAACGGUAAUCGCAUACUAAACUGUGGUGGCAGUUUGAUAAAUCAACGCUAUGUGAUAACUGCUGCGCAUUGUGUCAAAGGUCAAAUCGAGCAGCAAGUCGGGCAAUUAGUGACAGUACGUUUGGGUGAAUACGACAUUACACAGGAAAUCGAUUGUAUUGAGGACGACUGCAACAACAAAGUCUUGGAAUUGGGCAUUGAGGAGGUAACACCACAUCCGCAAUUCGAUCCAAAUAGCGAGCAUCGUUACAAUGACAUAGCGCUGAUACGCCUGAAUGCGGAUGUCACGUACACGGAUUUCAUUAAGCCGGUAUGCCUGCCCUUAACAGAAAGUCGUUUGCCCAUCAAUGUAGACGAACUCUUAGUAGUUGCUGGCUGGGGGCGAACACUUUUGGCACGUCAGAGCAAUGUUAAAAUGCAACUACUUAUACCAGUUAAUGACCAUGAUUCAUGCGUACGCAAAUUCUCCUCGCGUCGCAUUAACAUAAUUGAGACACAGUUGUGCGCGGGUGGAGAAUUUGCAAAGGACAGUUGUGAUGGUGAUUCGGGUGGACCUUUAAUGCGGCGUGGCUUCAAGAAGCGCUGGUAUUUGGAAGGUAUUGUAUCCUUUGGCAACCGCUGUGGUCUUGAGGGUUGGCCUGGUGUUUACACACGCGUAGCUGAUUACAUUGAUUGGAUACAAAGUAAUUUGAAGCCGUAAAAUCAAAGAAAAUUAAUUUAAUUUAUAGCCAUUAAUAGAAAUUUAAUAAGCCCAAUAUUUUUAAAUCAAUUAUA